AUGUUGCUAGCCAAAAAUACGUAUCCUGAGGUCCUACAAGCUCCCAGCUCACAGCCUCGGAUCAAGGCCUUGCACCUGAAUGGACAUGUCUCAGAUGUACGGGAACCCAAGUCUAGGGCCACAUCCACGUCCACGUCACAUCGAAAAAUGCCCAGUUUGGCCAACAUUCUGGCGGUCAGUCCUGGUCCCGAUGAAAACAGAGAACAUGUCUCACCAAGAUCUCCAAGCUUCGACAAAAACCGUACACUUUCGCCACCAAUAUCCACAGGCUCUCCCUUCGAUGCCAAACGAUCAUCGCCACGUCCUCCUCCAAGACAUGUGGCCAAACUUGCGCCAAAUCGCAGCCACAAGCUGCAAAGCCAUGCCAGAAAAGCGUCGCUCGAUUCCCUGAUGACUGCAGUCGAAGCUGUUGAAACUGGUAGGCAAAUACCAAAUCAACGGCUUCCCAGCUACAGUAGCCAACACUUACUUGAGUGGAAGGCCAGAAUCAACAAUAUCUUCUCACUCACAACUGACAUUGUUCGCAGCCUGGAAAGUUGGCCAACUUUUUCAUCCUCCUAUGGUCCCAAUGAGUAUCCUCUAGACCGUCUUUCAUUUCAUCAAGUGAGAGAUGUCGUCGAAAACUCCCAACAACUAGUCUCUGAGACAAGAGCGGUGCUCAAACUUAAACGCGUCAGGGACGACGAGGCCUGCCUCGCGCGAGCCGAUACUGUGAACCAUGCUGGGCCUGCCAACUACACAUACCGACCCCAACACCACGCUUCUUCAUUACCUGGCUUCGACGCAAUGCAGCUAGGCUCAUCGCAGCCGCAGAAUGCUGGUAUGCCAAAGGCAUUGGCUGGAACCACAAUACCAUCACCAGCGGACACAAGAGGCACAGUUCUAGUGAAGGGAGCAUUCACCUACCCUCCCACUUCUGGUGCAGGUGUCAAAAACAAUCCCGUCGCCAGAUCUGUAGACCAGACGGUCAAUUUGAACCAGGCUGGUACACUCAAUGCUGCCGAUACAACAGCGUCUAUCGCCAAGACGAUUGAAAGCCCAGUUCAUGAUGAGGUACGCAAUGAAAGACCAUCUUAUGCUGUUCAGGGCAUGGAAUGCGUCCAUUGUGCAAGCACAGAGACUCCAGAAUGGCGUCGUGGGCCGUAUGGGAAUAGAACAGUAUGCAAUGCUUGUGGUCUAUUUUACUGCAAAAUCGUAAAGAGGUUUGGUGUACAAAAGGCCAACCUUCUCAUGCGUUAUCGACGGUACACCUUACCUGAAGACCGCAGAGUUCCAUCACGUUUAGUCGUGCCAGAAUAUUUCGUGCAAAAGUUAGAGGCCGAUAAGUCGCUUGAUCACAACUUCAGUGCUUUGUGA